AUGGAAAAGAUAUUAUUUUUAAAUAUAUUUAAUAAUAUAAUAUUAAGAAAUAAGAUAUUCAAGUUAAUCAGGUGGAUUCAUAAGGAUGUUAAGGGUUAUGUACAUUUUCAUAAAUGGAGUGAUGUUUUAGGUAGACCUUCAUUGAUGAUCGGUAAUAAUUAUUUUCAGUUAUUUAAAGAUCACUUUGAAAUGGAUGAAAUGAAGAAGAAAAACAAUUCUAAAUGGUAUCAGAGUAUAUUUAUACCUAAACAUAAAGUAAAAGCAUCGUUGGCAUCGGAUAAAUAUUUUUUUGCAUCAUAUAUUGAAUUAUCAUUAAAAGUUGGUAACUUUGAAAUGUUUAAGUAUUUGUUUGAAAAGACAAGUAUGGAUGUGAAGCAUAACAAUACUAUUAUGCAGACGGCCGUAGAGUAUGGUAGAAUAGACGAGGUCAAAUAUCUUAGUAACAUUGUUGAUGACUAUACUAUCGAUUAUAACAAUGUUAUGUGCUACUCAGCCGAUGCUUCGAAUAUGGAGUUAUUUGCAUGGGUACUGGAAAAGUAUGAAGCUCAAGACAAGAGAGAUGAAGUAAAAAAUGAAGUGCUAGCUUUUCAUAACACACUGUGGAGGUCACUGGUUAGAGUUUCUCAAUUGGGUAGAAUCGAUAUGUUGCAACUAUUGAUGGAAAGAGGUCACUUUUUCUUGACUGACAAAUGGAUCAUCAAGUUUAUUGUUACCGGUGCAUUAAAAGGUGGUCAGAUAGAUUUACUAAAAUGGUUAAUCAGUGAAAAGAUUGAUUUACAUCCUAUUGAUAUCCCGAAUGAAGAAUCACAGUAUAUUAAUCUUGCAUGCGCCCAUGGUGAUUUGGAAAUAUUGAAACUACUGGAAAGUCAGAACAUUAGAUUGGGUAACACCGACGCAAUGGAUGCUGCUGCAGCAGGAGGUCACCUGGAUAUUUUGCGUUAUCUUCACGACAAUAGAAGUGAAAUGAGCUGUACUGUCAAAGCUAUGGAUCAAGCUGCGGGAAACGGUCACUUAGAUGUUGUGAUUUGGCUCCAUGAAAAUCGUAGUGAAGGUUGCUCGACAAACGCUAUGGAUAGUUGUAAAUCUCUUAAUGUUUUAAAAUGGUUGCAUGAAAAUAGAAGUGAAGGUUGUACAACUCGGUGUAUGGACAAUGCUUCUCGUUCAAAAAUAGAGAUUGUUAAAUGGCUUCAUGAAAAUAGAACUGAAGGUUGUUCAAAGAUGGCAAUCUACAAUGCAAUUCUCAAUAAUAAUUUCGAAAUUGUACAAUUUUUGCACGAAAAUAAAUCAGCGAAAUGCACAUCAACAGACUUUCAACUAUUCAUUUCUUGGGACCGUAUUAAGGAAUCAUUGGAACUCAUCAGAUAUAUUUAUCACAAUAAAAUUACAGAAUGUGAUCCAAAGUUCAUCUUCCAACACGUAAUAUCAAAGGAAAAGGAUGAUGGAUUCCUAAUAUAUUUACUCGACAACAGAACCGAUCUAUUCCCUAAUCAUGAUAUAAGAAUAAGUAAAUUUAUUAAAUUCAGUCAAGGUUAUUUUAAUACUUCAUAUUGUCUAUUUUAA